CUCCCGCCACCCGCGGCGGGCAGACAGACAGGCAGGGGCGGGGGCAGCCGCGGCGGCGGGAGCGCACGGCCUGGCGGCGGCGGCGGGAAAGAAAGGCUAAAACUGAUUUACAAUGGGUGUGUAAAGCAGCAAGGAUUAAGUGACUUUUUUUUAUAUGUGGGGUGAAUGUGCCAAAAUUUAUCUGUCAGCCAGUCGCUGAAGAAAAGAAAUAAAGCACUGACUAAAGCUAACGGGCAAAGGAAACAGAGCUGAGGAAAGAUUAUCUCUGCUUGCAGAUCAUAAAAGACUUUGCAAUGGCAAUGCUCUGGAAAUUCGUGAGAGUAGCUAAGUGUUCUAAAACAGCUCUGUCACCAAAAGUAAAAAUUAGAGGAAUACCCACCCUUUCAAGGCAUUCUUCAUCCAAGUCUGUACCUUCAGAUUUUGCUGCCAACACACCCUGCUCAAAUACUGUGGAACUGCUCGGUAAAGUUUAUCCUCAAGAUGACUACAGCAAUGUCACAGAGAAGAUUCUUUCCAAGGUGGGGAAGAACUUGCACAACAAAAAGCAUCACCCUUUGUGGCUAAUCAAGGAGCAGGUCAAGGACCACUUUUACAAACAAUAUGUAGGACGCCGUGGGAAUCCGCUCUUUUCUGUAUAUGAUGGUCUUUCUCCAGUGGUUACAGUACAGCAGAAUUUUGAUAGUUUGCUUAUCCCACAAAACCACGCCAGCAGAAGGAAAGAGGAUAACUAUUACUUGAAUCGUGAUCACAUGCUAAGAGCACAUACAUCAGCUCAUCAGUGGGACUUGAUACACUCCGGCCUAGAUGCCUUUUUGGCAGUGGGAGAUGUCUACCGUCGUGAUACAAUUGAUAACACCCACUACCCAGUCUUCCAUCAGAUGGAAGGAGUUCGUCUCUUCUCCUGUCAUGAGUUGUUCUCCAACAUUAAAGAUGGUGAAGGCUUACAGUUGUUUGAGCAAGGUCAUCGCACUGCAUACAAGCAAGAAUGUCACACCAUGGAGGCUGUCAGGCUGGUGGAGUUCAACCUGAAGCAAGUGCUCACGAAGCUCGUGACUCACAUUUUUGGUGAUGGACUGCAAGUCAGAUGGGUAGACUGCUACUUCCCCUUUACUCACCCUUCGUUUGAGAUGGAGAUCAACUUCCAAGGAGAAUGGAUGGAGGUCCUGGGCUGCGGGGUCAUGGAGCAACAGCUAGUUAACUCAGCUGGUGCACAGGAUAAAAUUGGCUGGGCAUUUGGCUUGGGUUUGGAGAGGCUGGCCAUGAUUCUGUACGAUAUCCCUGAUAUCCGACUGUUCUGGAGUGAAGAUGAGCGCUUCUCGAAGCAGUUUAUUGUACCUCACAUUUGGCAAAAAAUAAAAUUCCAGGCUGGAAAGUUGGAACAAAAUGGCAGAAACCCAGCCUCUCACAAGUCUUCAAGAGUGGUAACAUUCACAGCAUAUCCCAUGAAAGGCUUUGGCACAAGUGAAAGAAAAAAAGUAGUGCCUCAGGAAGGUCUGUCUCAGGUGUGGCCAAUUUAGAGCAUGUUGUCAGUUUAGAGGAUGAUGGGUGAAUAUGUAGAGAAUGACCCAGCAGCUGUGUCAUCAAUACAAGUGAAAGAGAAUCCCAACAACUGGGAACAGACCACCAGGGACUUCCUUCCCAUUUGUUUUUAAACAGAAAGGAGCAACUGUAGCCUUGACUGAAUUUUGAGCUCACCCAGCAUGAUGUAAAUAAAAAAAUGAAUUUCCAGUUAUGAAUGCUGCUGCAAUGCACAGUUAUUGUCAGCAAAAUCAUUUCGCUGCUGAUGUCUUUUUAUUUUUUGGUAGGCAAAAGCCAACGUAAUCCAAAGUACACCUUAUACUAUUUAAAUGAUUACUUAGCAAAAAGUGCAAUAAGCUUCAGAAAGCAUGUGUUAUUGUGCUUUGCUCUGAUCUCUAAACCUCAUGUAUUUGCAAUUUGAGUGGUUGGGUCUCUUUAAAACAAAUAGCUCACAAAUGAGUAAUUCUGCUGCUGAAUAUGUCAACCAAUCUUUAUUGCAUCCCAAAUGACAAAGUAUAAUGGUUAUACAAAGUGCUUAAAUAAGCUAUGGAGCAAUUUCCAGCAGUGAUAUAUAUGCUGAAACCCACAUUAAAUUAAUAUUAGGUGAAGGAGUAAACCUGGAAAUCUAAAAUAACAAUAGAUUUUGUAUUGGUUAUGUGAAGCUAUGAGAACCAGCUGGUUUCAGCAGGAAUCCAGAGAUGUUCAGAACUUUCAGUCUUACUGUCUACAAAAGUAUGUAGCUAGUAAAGAGAGUAACCGUUACACUUCUGCCAAUAUUUUCCCAAUAUUGGUUUAAUUACAGUGUGGUGAAUAGAAUUCUGGCUAGAAGGGUGGCACAGUAACUAUCUUGACUUUAGUCUUUGGCCCUGACCUAAUAAGUGACUCAAUUUCCCUACUCAAUAAUUCUGUUUCCCAUGCUGUUUACAGUUGCAGUUGUCUUCUCCAACACUAUCCUAGGGAGGAAAGUUCUUCAGCUCAGGGGCUAUUGUUUUGUCCUUCGUCUACCUAAUGGGACCCUGGUAACUGUCUAGGUAGUUACCACAGUCUGAAUAUCUGCAUUCUUACAGAAAGGUUAAAUACAUCUUUAUGAGUGUACAUUAUGCGUUUGGUGUAAGAAUAAACUCCUGUUUAAGAUUUGCCUAAUCACUUACGCUAUGCAAGUGUGUGUCUUCAAAGAUACAGGUAUUUAUUGGUAUGCAUACACAACCACAGAAAUAUAAAGCAGGGGGAGGGGCAGGAAGAGAGCUUCAAACCAGUAGGAAAUACACGCUAAUUCUUUUUACCAGUCUUCAAUAAAAGGAUGGGUUUUGUCAUAGUUGAGUUUACUUGAUAGCUGUUUUAACAUUUGUGCCAAUGUUUUACAUGCAAAAGAUAGACCUUGCAAAGAGCUUUUGAUAAAGUGCUCUCUAAAAUCGUGCCUAAACCCCUACAGUCAUCAUCUGCAUCAUGAUGAGCCAUUGCAGCUCAGCUGUAGAGUGUCCCUAGGAAAUGAGGGCUGAGGAGAACAGUCAGGGUGCAUGCGUGCGUAUGUGUGAACAGGAGCACCUUUUGAAUUACGUGGUGUUAAUAAAAAACCCCUGAUUUUCGGCUGCCACUUCUCUGAUCAGAAUAUGAAUUAGGCUACAGAGAAUAGCCAAACAACAGAAGGCACAGCUGGGAAGAACCAUAUUAUUCUUAUCAUACCCGUCCUCAAUUUCCUUCAUCUUGCUAGUGAGAGACACACAUGGACAAUAGUAGUGACAGACUAAAACAAAAUGUGACAAGUAAUGCUUUGGGGUGCAUAUGCUGCAGAGAAUUUGUUUUUGCAGUUUUGUAAAAAUUAAUAAUGGGAAGAAAUCACCUCUUUCGAGGACUGCUUUCAUCCUUCUGCUCCUGCACAUGUGUUAAAUCCAGUUUGCAUAAUUAUUCCCACAUGUAACGUGUUCUUCUAAAUCAGCAAUAGUUAACCCAUUUUUGUAUUUUUGUAAAAUAAGGAAAGCCGUUAAAGAAAUACUUGUUCUGCACAAGGAUUCUGCUUGUAGAUCUAAACGUUUUCUACGUUUUGUCAUUGUGUACUUAAAUGCUUAACGUGCUUUUUGUUCUUGGUCUGUUCUCAGCUCAUGGC